UUAACAAUUAUUAAUUUAAGAAUGACUGAUGAACGAAAUUUUCGUUCAUCUUAUUACGAAAAGGUAGGAUUUCGUAGUGUUGAAGAAAAAAGAUCUUUGGAGAUAUUACUUAAAGAACGUCCGUUUGAUAAAGCAAAACUAAAACAAUUUUGCUUACGGUUCACAGUUCCUACUAUAUAUAGAAAUUUUCUUUGGAAAGUAUUAUUAGAUGUAAUACCAGUUUACAUAGAGAGUCAUGAUUUUAUAAUAAAUCAAAGAAAAGCAGAAUUUUGUGACCUACAGAAAGCCUUAAAGGUUACAAAGAUUUUGGAUGAGUACACAAAACCUUAUUUAAUGUUUCUUACUAUGUGGUUAUUGCGUACUAGGAGAGCAAAACUUGAUAUGAGUACUCAAUUAGAAACUCCCUUACAUAGAGCUAUGAGCAGAAUGGCGGAAACAUUAUGGCAUAUUGUUGACAUAGAUUCAUAUGAAGAAAAGCUUGUAGACACCUAUUGGAUAUUAUGUGGCCUUUUAGAUCAAGUACAAAAAUUUCACAAGGAAGUCAGUAGAUUGCAAGAAUGCACUUGUACUUUGUUGGAAAGAGAAGAUCCAGAAUUGUACAAACAUCUUGUUAAAAUUGAAGCAAUUCACAAUAUACCAUAUGAUAUUUGGUUUUGUUCAUGCUUUGCAGGAACAAUAUCUAAUGGUUCUAUAGCAAAAAUAUGGGAUAAAAUAGCUGUAGGUGCAUAUAGAAUUUUAAUCUUUGUCACUGUAGUUACCCUAACAACUUUGAGAAGACUUUUAUUGAGAUGUGAAAAUACAGAUAGUAUUUUAGAUACUAUUUCUAAUUUAACUGAAGAAACUUCUGAAGUAAUUGUUAACAAAGCAAUUGAAUCUUGGCAACAGAGUGGUUCAACAUUAACAACUAUUUCACAAACUGUUUAA